UCAGCAUUUAUAUACGUGAGGAGUGUUGCUGAGAUAGAUAAAUUUAUUUCUCUAGCUUUUGUUCAUCCUUCCUGGUUUAGGGGUUCGUGCAGGCAUGGGAAUGGAGAGGGAGAAGAAGAAGAUGGAUGUUUCUGUCCUGUUUUGUGUUCUUUCAGUAAGCCGUUUCUGCUGGCUCGCAAGCGGCAAUGUUGCAGAGGUUGAAAACCAGAAGAACUAUUACCUCCAUGACCAGACUGCUUGGAGCUCGCCAAGGCAUUCUCACAAUAGCCGGCCGGAUUGUACCACUCCAACAACCCCAUCCGGCGGCGGCGGCGGAAUCCAUUACUCUCCUCCAACAACGCCAUCCCACGGCGGCGGAAUCACUCACUCUCCUCCCUCCGCCCCUUCCCACGGCGGCUCCGGCGGCGGUUGCAACUGCAACACUCCCCCCUCCAUCACUCCAACUCCACUCGUUCCCCUGAAUCCACCUUCACCAACCACUCCAAUCUAUCUAUCACCACCAAGCCCUCUGCUUCCCUUCAGUCCGCCGCCCUCCACCCCCAAUCCAACUCCCCCUUACAUCCCAAUCGAUCCAAACUCCCCUCCCUUCCCCUGCAGCUACUGGUUCGCCCACCCCACCGCCAUUUGGGUUCUUUUCGGCUACUGGGGAACAGUCGGGACGAUUUUCGGCACCACUCCGGCGACCGGCAUCGCCUUCGGAAGAAACUUAAGCUUGCUCGAAGCUCUGGGCAACACGCGGGACGAUGGCUAUGGAGCCCUGCUUCGUGAAGGAACAGCUUCGCUUCUCAACUCAAUGGCGAGCAAGAGUUUCUUUUUCAAUACCGAGCAGGUGAGGGAAGGAUUCAACGCAGCUGUUCAAUCGGAGAAGAUGGCGGCCGAUCAAGCUAAUAUCUUUCAGAAGGCUAAUGAAGGCCGUCUGAAGCACUGAUUGAAGGAGGUUGGAUUUAGUUCUCUGUUUUUUGGGUUUUUUUUUAAGGUGUUUUGUGUCGUAUCAGUCUGAUGGUUGGUGGAUUUCUGAUUUAUAUGUUCAGUUCUGUUGUUUUCGGUAGAAUCUUUGCUUGGUUCUA